UUCUCAGCCAGUCGGUUUUUUUUUUUCUUUUUUUUUACUCGAGCGACCUACCACAAGUACUGAUCCGUUCCAUUUCUGUCGUUCCAAGAAAAUGCCUACAGCUGCCGAAUCUAACACUGCCCAGACAAAGCAACUUCAGCAAGUGGUUGCCGCACUGAAGGACAAGGCAGACCCGGCCUCGUUGAACGCACUCAAGGAUAUUCUCGGCGUCUCGUCGUCGACCCUCUUCCACCGCAUCAAUGACGCCGGUGACAAUCUGACAAAGGCCACCAAACCCUCGUCCGACACGACUCCUGCCGACAGCGCCGCCUCCACACCGGCCGCAUCCCCAGCGCCAUCCAAACAGGCUACGACUGCUGCUGCUCCAGCGUCGCCAGCACCCAAGCAGUCCGCUGCUGCUGUUGCUGCUGUUGCUGCUGCUCCCGUGGUCGACAAGACCCCGGCAUCGCCCGCGCCUGCGCCGGCAGCUGCUGCCCCGGCCGCCGCCGCCGCUGUGGCCUCGCCAACUCCUUCCGCUGCGGGUGCUGCAGCAGCAGAGCCCACUCGCGAAAUCGUCCUGGUCAAGGGCUCGACCGGCCUUGGGUUUAACAUUGUCGGUGGCAGUGAACAGCGUGCCAACAUUUACGUGUCAAAGAUUCUCAGCGGCGGUGUUGCCGACCGUGACGGCCGACUCCGUCGUGGCGAUGAAAUUUUGAAGGUCAACGACACGGUCGUGUUGAGCAUGUCACACGAGGGCGCUGCCUCCGUUCUCAAGCAGUCGUCGGGCGAGGUCCGCUUGUCUGUCCGCUUCAACCCCACGUUUGAAAAGUAUCUGCAGACGCUCGACGAAAACGCCAGCAAGAAACUCAGCGUAGGCACUCUCGCUGCUGCUGCUCCCGGUGCUGCUGCCGCAGCCUCUGAGCAGAGCAACACGGCUCCUUCGACCCCUGCAAAGACCAGCAUUUCGUCUGCUGGCGCGGCCGCCUCGCCGCUCGUCACCUCGGGCGGUCCCAAGAGCUUCCACGUCCGUGCCCUGUUCGAGUUUAUUCCCGACCCGAAGGAGUGCCCCGGCAAGGCGCUGUCGUUCAAGCCUGGCGACAUUCUCUUUGUUAGCAACGCGAACGAUGACGAGUGGUGGGAGGCUCGCAUGGAGGCCGAUCAGGCGCAGGUGGGUCUGAUCCCUUCGCGCGCCCGACACGAGCGUCGCGAGCGAGGCAAGAGCAAGAACGUCAAGUUUGACGGCCCGCUUAGCUCGACGCUCACCCCUGCAGAGGAAGCCGAAAUUGCCGCCAAGUUCCAUGGCAAGGACAAGGACGGUCGCGGCUCGAUGCGGAUGGUCAAGAAGCUCUCCAUCUUUGGCAAGAAGAGCCGAGGGGAAGACUCGCCUGCCGCGUCUCGCUCUGGCUCGACCGACGCCACCAAAGACAAUAGCAAAUUCCCCGCGGUGCCCACCUACGAGAUUGUCACGCUCGACUCGUCCACGACCGACUUUAAGCGACCACUGGUCAUUCUCGGCCCCGUCAAGGACCUCAUCUACGAGCGUCUCUUGCAAGAGGAGCCAGACCUGUACGCCCCGUGCGUGCCUCACACCACUCGCCCUCCGCGCCCGGACGAGGAGAACGGACGCGAGUACUUUUUCGUCACUCGCGAGCAGAUGGAGAAGGACAUGAAGGAGGAAAAGUUUAUGGAGGCUGGCCAGUUCAAGCAAAACCUGUACGGCACCUCGAUCGACGCUGUGCGAACCGUCAUCCAACAAAAGAAGCAUUGCAUUGUCGACGUGAGCGCAUCCGCCGUCGAAACGCUUCGCGCCAACAAGCUCAAGCCCGUGGUCAUCUUUUUGAAGGUGACCUCGGCCGACUCCAUCAUCAAGCUCAACCCCAGCAUGCCCGUCGAGACAGCCACAAAGGUGUUUGACACUGCACAAAAGCUGGAGGCGACCAGCCGUCAACACUUUACCGACGUGGUCAAGGCUGAUGUUCUUGAUGAGGCUGUUGCCGCUGUUCGGCAAGCGGUCACCAAGAGCAGCGCCACCAAGACCUGGGUUGCUGCCAACCGCCCGUUGCCUUAAAACGUGGCUGGGGGGUCGACAGAAGUGUGUGGGGGAGGGGUGGAUGCUCGCCUCGACUACUUGGCAUUAUUUUGGUUGUCUGUGAUUACGCUUGGUUUUGUGUUUUUUUUUGUUUUUGUUUUUGUCGUUGGUGUUGUUGUCACUGUUUUUUGUUCCAUGUCUGCCCAUGGUUGUGAGCCAACAGAAGCGCCGCUGUACGCUAUGACACGAUCGGUGCUGUACUCGUUAUUUUUGUCACUUUUUUUUUUA